UGAACUUGUCGAAAACAUCAAUACAAAUUUUAAAUUAGAAGAUGAUGAGACCAAUUCUAAUUUGACAAAUGAAGAUACCGAAUCUGAUUCUACAAAUGAAAAAACUGAUUCUGAUUUGAUAAAUAAAGAAACUGGAUCUCAAAAUAAAAUACAAGAAUUUAAUAAAGAUAUAUAUUUAAAAUUUUUAUAUAUUACUAACACAACAGAUAAGUUACAAGAAUCUAAUUUAUUAAUGUGGGAUUCCGAUUAUCUACCAAAUCUAUGUCAUCUUCCAAAUUCUAAUUCUUUUACCAAUAAUGAAUUAGAUAAUAUAGACAAUCAAUUUUCAAAAAUUAUUAAAUUAGAAAACCAUAGUAGUAAAGAAAUUGCAGAGCGAGUAAAAUAUCAAUUAGAAUUUGAAGAAUAUUCUGAAACAGCCCCGGAUGGUGUUGCUUGUAUUUACAAUGUAUCUGGUUUAGAUCUAGAAAUAGCACAUGAAAUAUUUGAUCUUAAAAAUAUUCAAUACUCUUAUAAGGAGAGCACAACUCUUAAAUUUUGUCAAUAUAUUUUACCUGAGAUUAAAAAUACUUCACAUACAAUUGUUAACUUUGGUGAUGAAUUAUUUAAAAAAAUAUUUGAAGCCAAUGAAUUAUUGAUUGAUACUGCUACUUUAAAUAAUGAAAUUACUCAUGGAGUUAUUCAAAAACCUGAUUUACAAUAUCCUGUUCAAUUCUGGCAUUAUAUACCAAAAAACCUUGAAGAAUAUCCUUUUAUUAUUAUUUUAUCAAGAGGAAUUCAUAAUCAUCCAGCGCCACCACCAACUAAAACACCUAAAUCAAUUUUAAAUGAUUUAAAAGAUAUAAUUUAUAAUAAAGAUAUAUUAGAUCUUACAGCACAUAGACUUUUAAAUCAACCUAUAUUAAUUUUAUAUUUAAAAGAAGUUCCACUACCUCAAUUACAUCUAUUUUUAAAUAAUCUUUCAAAAAUUGAUGCAUUAAUUGCAUCAAAAAAGUGUGCAGAACAUCCUUAUUUACAAAAUAUUUAUGGAGUUGCAUAUUUAUUAAUGAGACAAUCUAAUAAAAAUCUAUAUAUUAGAACAAUUAGUAAAUUACUUAAUGAUAGUCAAUAUCUUGUAUUAUGUGAAUACAAAACACAAAUUAAAGGUCUUAGAAAUUUAAAAUAUAUUGAAAUUGAUAUAUCAUUCAAACAAGUUCAUGGUCCUAUUAAUGAAUGGGAAAUAUGCGCAUAUGGUGAAACUUAUAAAAAAAAAUUGUUUUUAUGUAUUGAACAUGAUACUAAAAAACCAGUAAAUUUUUAUCAUAUUAAUAAUUGUGGUAUUGGAUGUAUACUGGCAGAUGAGCAUCAUAGUCAAGCUUUAG